AAGUGUCUGCCGCAUCAAAGCGUCGGUCGUGUGUGAAGAAAGCAGAUUUUCGGGUGGUGACGGAAAAGAAAAUAAAAGCGUAAAAAAGUGAAAAAUGGUCUCGCUUGGACCGAAAAAGGACGGCGGUCCGAAUGCCGAGUUUUUUACGUCGCCGGAAUCGCUUCAGGGCUUUGAAACGGUGCGACAAUGGCUGCAGAAAAACUGCAAAAAGUACAUUGCGCAAGAUCCACCUACUAAGGAAUCGCUGGCACAUUUAAUAGUCCAAUUUGUCCAGUAUCAGGAAACUAAAUUGGGAAAAAAUUCGCAGGAACCUCCGACGACUCGUUUACCGAUGCGAUGUUUCAUGGAUUUUAAGCCGGGAGGUUCGCUGUGUCACAUUCUGGCCACCAUGUACCGGUACAAGUCGGAGCAACGCUGGCGUAAAUUCGAUUUCACCGUAAACAAGAACCCAAUGCGAAAGGAUCCCGUCAUACAGAUGCUGUUGGACAUGGAGACGGCACUGAUCGAAGCCGAAUGCAUGCGGCUACCGAUCGUGUACAUUCGUCCGGAAGUGGACAAGACUACGGCGAAUCGGAUUACCGAUAUCGUUACCUGCCACCAGGGUGAGAUGACGCCGGAUGAGGAAGAAGCGACACAUAUUGUAUACCCAGCGGUGGAUCCGUUUCCAGAGGACUACGCUCGACCGACGUUCCGUCGCGAUAAACACGUUAUGAUUCAUUGGUACUACUUUCCCGAGUCGUACGACACAUGGGUGCCGAAUACUUUUGAUCUACCGGACAACAUUCCUGACUGUCCACAAUCGCCGGGUGAUCGUUGGCGUGUUUCGACAUCAUGGGUUACCGAUCUAGAAGAAUACAACGAAUGGAUGGCAGAAGAGGAUUACGAAGUUGAUGAGGCUGGUCGUAAGAAAGUUCAUAAACAUCGCUUGGGAGUGGAAGAUCUGAUGGCUGGUGGUCCCGAUGACAAAAUUAAAAAGUCCAAAGUUGUCCAUCAGAAGCGUAAACGUUCACCUUCUCCGCUAGCCAAGAGUAGCAAAAGGAAAAGUGGUCGCUCACCGGCCGUUUUUCAGAAGAAACCUCGUGCAGACGAUGAAGAAUCGGAAGAUAUGACAAAGGAUAUGGAUGAUCCACCGGCGGAAACUAACCUGACAGAGGUUAAGGCGGGCUCAAGUAACUCUGCAUCCGGGCCAGCAACUCCACAGCCAAAAAGGGAUCCCGAGAUGCUACCGCUGAAGUAUGCAACCAUGACGGAUUUGGAUGACGAUAUUGAUCGGGCCAAUGCCGAACGUGGUGGUGAUGAUAGCCAGGCAGGAAAGACGAGCGACAACAGCAAUACUCAAGAGUUCCCUCAUGGCAAAGAUGAUCUAGAAGACAACGUUACCGAACAAACCCAUCAUAUUAUUGUGCCCUCGUAUUCCGCUUGGUUCGAUUACAACUCAAUUCACGUUGUAGAAAAGCGAGCUCUGCCGGAGUUCUUCAAUGGAAAAAAUAAGUCCAAAACACCGGAAAUCUUUCUAGCUUACCGUAAUUUCAUGAUCGACACUUAUCGAUUAAAUCCUACGGAAUAUCUCACAAGUACUGCAUGUCGUCGGAACCUGGCCGGAGACGUAUGCGCGAUUAUGCGAGUGCACGCUUUUCUCGAACAGUGGGGUCUUAUCAACUAUCAAAUCGAUGCUGAUUCACGUCCGACACCAAUGGGACCUCCACCGACAUCGCACUUCCACGUUCUAAGUGACACUCCAUCGGGCCUUCAACCGCUGAAUCCACCCAAAACGGCACAGCCCUCAGCAGCUAAAAAUUUGCUUGAUCUGGACAAGAAACUCGACAAGAAAGAAGAUUCUCCAGCAUCUGUGACGGCUCCUUCGUCUGUAGCGGGUAUUUUGGAUCCCAUCAAGUCCGAACCAGGUACGAUUGGAGCAGAUCCGAGCGGACAAUUCGGUCUAAGAUUGGACCAGUACGCCAAAAAACCUUCGGCUAUGCGCCACAAGACCGCUGCCAGCAUGUCACGUGAUUGGAACGAUCAAGAGACACUUCUGCUGCUGGAAGGAUUGGAAAUGUACAAGGAUGAUUGGAACAAAGUGUGCGAGCAUGUCGGAUCACGCACCCAGGAUGAGUGCAUACUGCACUUCCUUAGACUUCCGAUCGAAGAUCCUUACUUGGAAGAUGACAGCACCUAUUUGGGACCUUUGUCCUAUCAGCCGAUUCCUUUCAGCAAGGCUGGAAAUCCAAUCAUGUCAACAGUGGCUUUUCUGGCGUCCGUUGUGGAUCCUAGGAUUGCGGCUAGUGCAGCCAAGGCGGCCAUGGAAGAAUUUGCCGCUAUUAAGGACGAAGUUCCUGCUUCGAUGUUAGACGCUCAUCUAAAAAAUGUGGAGAAAUCCAACUUUGGCGGAAAAUUUGAUCCGUACGCUGGUCUGGCAACUAGUGGAAUUGCCGGAACUGAAUCGGACAAGGACAAGGAAGAAGAGGACAGUAAAGCUACGGGUACUCCAGGUGGACCCGCAUCAGGCACUGGAGCUCCACCUACACCCGGUUCGGUCGAUAUUGAAAUGAAGGAUCUCUCCAAAAAGGAUGAAGACAAAGUUAAAGAAAACGGUAAAUCGGAAGAUAAACCGUCUCCGUCUGACGAAGUUACUAAAGAUUCUGAUUCUGUGGCUGCGGCAGGAAGUGACCAUGCGAAGGCAACGGAUGGCUCUGAAAUCGACAAAAGCAAGGAUAAUCAAGUUUCCAUGGAGCUGGCAAAAGAAAACGGCGAUCCGAAAGUAUUCAACGAAGGAAAUCUUCAAUCGGCCGCUGCUGCUGCCCUGGCAGCGGCUGCUGUCAAAGCAAAACACUUGGCAGCUGUCGAGGAGAGAAAAAUUAAAAGUCUGGUUGCAUUGCUCGUUGAGACCCAGAUGAAAAAAUUAGAAAUUAAGCUGCGACAUUUUGAAGAGCUGGAAACAACGAUGGAACGUGAGCGCGAAGGAUUAGAGUAUCAAAGGCAACAAUUGAUCCAAGAACGGCAACAGUUCCAUCUGGAACAGUUGAAGGCAGCAGAAUUCCGCGCUCGUCAGCAAGCACAUCAGCGUUUCCAGUUGGAGCAAGGCCAGUGGCAGCAACCCCCAUUAGGUGGAGCUGCUGGAGUUCCGCCAUCCGGUGGUCUACCUCCCGCACAGCAAUCAGCACCCGCACUCCCACAAGGACCACUUGGACCAAGUCAGGGCCCAUUGCCAACCCCUGGAUCUAACCCUCAACAGCCGCCAUCAAUGCCAUCUUCCGGUGGACAUCCUGGGGUACCAAUUCCGAGCAGCAGCAGCAGCACUCCCAACAGCAACGGACUUAUUUCAGUUCCCCCUACUACGAUGUCUACCGACGGUCCUUCUCCAAAUAACAUCAUGCCCCCAACAGUGUCUGGGCAACCACUUUCUUCGCAACUGCCGCAGGGUCCUCUACCACCCCAGCAUCAACAACUCCCACCCCAUCCCGGGCAUCAAUCUGGCAUGCCAAUGCCUGGCUCUCACCACCAGCCUCCCAAUCCCCAUCAUCCUCCACUGCCUUCUCAGCAGCAGCAGCAACCACCGCUGCCCCCACAGCAGGCUCCACUUCCACCAACGCAAGGUCCACUGCCCCCGGUCGGAUCAGGAGGCGCACCAAUGCCAGGACCCCCACAAGGUCCCCCAGGGCAAGUACCACAACCCGUUGGCAGCGGACCUAUUCCUCCAUCUACAACAUAAAUCACUAGAUACAAUGACAAAACAAAGAGAGGGAACUUUUACACCUUGUAACCAGGAAAUUAAGAAGUAUAUGCAACUUGACAACAUCAA